UUGGGUUGUUAACUUUUAUAUCGAAAACAGGUUGCAUCGAGUUCCUGUUGUGCAGGUUGGCUAGUUUCUUUCGGAUUAAAGCGAGCUCUACUUUAAAAGUAUAAUUUUUGUUUAUUUUGUUGGCUCACAGGCAUAUGAUGGCAUGAUAGUUGGUGAGCAUUCUCGUGAUACAGAUCAUGAUGUGAAUCCAGUAAGGAGUAAAGAACUGUCAAAUAUGCGUGCUGCUGGCAAGGAUGAAAAUGUCAAACUAUCUUCUCCAAGACUUAUGAUUCUUGAAGAAGCUAUUGGUUAUGUUGCUUCUGAUGAGCUUAUAGAGGUUACAGCAAACACCAUCAGAUUAAGGAAGAUAUAUCUGGAUGUUAACAAGAGCAAAGCCAUGAGUAAGAGGAUGAAAGACUGACUCACACUUUUCCCAACAUA